AAAGAGUCACUCCAAGACACCCCAGCGGCUCCUGCCUACCAGCACAAACGGGGAGAAAUUUGGCCACAGAGAGAGGGAGGGCCGCCAGAGGAGGUGUCAGCAUGCCGUCUGCUUUCCAGUUUCAGUGCCACCUCGUUCUCAUCUUCCUGGCAGCCUCCAAGGGGGAAACCAGAUACCUAGAGGUGAGGGAUGGUGGUGAAGAUGAGCCCUUCCUACUCCUCAGUGAAGAUCUGAAGCGAGAGCUGUCUACAGGACAGAUCUACCGACGGUCACUCCGGUGCAUUGACAUGCUGAGUAUAGAGGGGCAGUUCACCUUCACCGCAGACCAACCACAGCUGCACUGUGCAACCUUCUUCAUUGGGGAGCCCGAGGAACUCAUCACAGUAGGGUACGACUUUGUGAACAUCGACUGCCAAGGGGGUGACUUCCUGAAGGUAUUUGAUGGCUGGAUACUCAAAGGAGAGAAAUUUCCAAGUUCCUUGGACCAUCCCCUCACUACUUCUCAAAGAUAUGUAGACUUUUGUGAAAGUGGGAACAUUCAGCGGAGCAUCAGGUCAUCACAGAACGUAGCAAUGAUCUUCUUCAGGAUUCAUCAGCCAGGCAAUGGAUUUACUGUCACAAUCAAGAAAAAUACCAAUCUCUUUCCUUGCAAUGUCAUCUCUCAGACUCCUUCAGGAAGGUUUACCAUGGUCAUUCCUCACCAGCAUAGAAACUGCAGCUUCUCAAUAAUUUACCCAGUUGUGAUAAAAAUAUCUGAUCUUAUCCUAGGACAUUUAAAUGGCCUCUUUUUAAAGAAACCAUCAGUAGGCUGUGCAGGAGUGGGAGAUUUUGUAGAGCUUCUAGGAGGAGCUGGCUUAGACCCAUCCAAGAUGUUUCCACUAGCUGACCUCUGUCACUCCUUUCAUGGGUCUGCCCAAAUGAAGAUUGGCUGUGACAACACCGUGCUGCGAAUGGUCUCCAGUGGCAAACACAUCAACCGUGUGACAUUUGAGUAUCAUCAACUUGAUCUGCAGGAAACAGAAAUGAGAAAGGAGAACAGCAUUGAGGAAUUCUGCUUUCCUAGUAUCUGAGAAACCAGGCCAUAUGUUUUCAGAUAGCUAAUGAAAAUAAGGUUCUGGGGAAUUAAAACAAUGUAUUUUUUCCUCUAACCAGCUAGUAUUAUUGAGCCUUUCUAUAAGCAUAUUUCUUUUUUCAUACAAAUCAGUCAUUCCCAUGAGCAAGCAGGAAAAAGCAAGAAAUAUAUUAAUCUUUGCUAUUAUCGUUAUAUUCUUUCUGCAGUAUUUAAGCUCAUUUACCACUCCAAAAUCAAUAGCAAGAAUAGAAGCGUAUGUUUCCCAUAUAAAUAUUUUUAGGAAAAUAGGCGCAAGCCCUAGUCUGAGGACGUAUGAAUCCCACAAUAAGUACAAACUUCAGGCCGCAAUUUUAUCCUUUUAGAUCAGGUAUAAACAAAAAAAAUUAGGUGGUGAAAUACACUUCCAGUUUUGUAAGAGGAAGCCCAGCAUUAGUGUGUUUAAAAACUACUGGUUUAUUUAUGACUAUAAAUGUACUAUUUAUUUCUAAUGACAUGUUUUUAAUAAAAAAUUAUAGCAUGAGACUUCCUUACACAAAUCCAAACAUAAAUAAAUAUAUUUGAAGAGUUGGCAAA